AUGUAUAUGAANGGGGGCGCCGCCUCCUCCAGGACGCCCAACCGGAUUAGCACCCGCUUGACCACCAUCACUUGGGUGCCCACUCGCUUCCCCGGGCACCGGGUGCCCAUCCGGGCCAGCCCGCACUCCACCACAGCAUGGAACACUGCGGCCCCCCCGACGGUCCUAUCUACCACUGCGGCGUUCUUCAGUAGCAGCAGGCCGGGCUCCCGACCCCCGAUGCCAGGAACCCCAAGCACCCAGGCAGUGCCCUCCUGGCCCACUGCGGCAUACGCUACCUCCUCCUACCUUCACGAUUCUACUCCCUCCUGGACCCUGUCUCCCUUUCAGGAUGUUGCCUCGUCGUCUUCCCCCUCUUCCUCGUCCUCUACCACCACGACACCAGAAACUAGCACCAGCCCCAAAUUUCCUACGACGACGUAUUCCACAGAGCGAUCUGAACACUUCAAACCCUGCCGAGACAAGGACCUUGCAUACUGUCUCAAUGAUGGCGAGUGCUUUGUGAUCGAAACCCUGACCGGAUCGCAUAAACACUGUCGCACAGUGUGA